AUGCCUUUACCUCCGGCGACCAUGUUCCCUCUAUCUGGGCAUACCCCUGCGACAGCGUUCCAGCAACGCAACCACAUGGGUAUCACUCACAACGCUCGACCCGAACCCUCGUCACGCAUAGUCGACGAUAUGGAUCGAGAGGAAGGCGAGCUCACUGAUAAAGAAGGUGUAAAUGUUCCGCUACAACGCGAACCAACUUCUGGGAGUCGUCAACUUCCGCUCAAUGGUCUAGGCCAGAAAUCCUCGGUUCCACAUGUGAGAUCCAGCCGGAAGUCCUCUGAACUAGAGGAAGGCGAGGCUUCUCCCGUCCGGUCAAGGUCUUCGUCCAGAGAAAGCGGCUCCCCGUACAACCCACCUCUCUCGAUCGAUGUUGCCCCAGUUGCGUCUCCACAUGGAACGGACCUUGAGAGCGGAGACUCGUCAAAGUCACGCCCUGAUCACGUUUCAGAAAGUGCCGGCUCUGUGCCUACUCGGAAGGCAGAUCAGGGAGUAUCAAACGGCACGAAAUCGCCUACGCAGCUCCGCGUCCAAGCCCAAGGCGCUCUGCUUAGUUUAGCGCCUCACAACAUCCGUUACCAUGAGCUAGUCGGGGAAGGGAUUAAUCCAGCGGUGCUUAAGCGCUUGUAUGAUGAGAUUGGCAUCAAGAUCGCCUCUCCACAGCCGGAUGCGUCAGCAGCGUCUGGAUCAACUCAUCUGCUUAACUCUACGACUGGCUCUGCUACUCCCAUCGAUGCCACGAAAGAAACGAAGCACUCGAGUGAUGUCAAUACACAGCCCGAUGGGAUGAUCCUGAACGAAACACAAUCACGAUCUGCUCAGGAUGAGCCAACUAAACCCAUGGAAAGAAAAGAGGUCAUCGCGCGCAUGCUUGCAGCAAAGGCCGCAAAGUCAACAGUGGUACCCGGGGUAUCGAAUGCCGAAAGCGCGGUGCAGAUGCCCGCUGAGCAACCAGCAACACCGGAUUUGCAAAAAGGUGCCACGGCCAGUUCGAGCGAGGAAUCUGCUAAGGAAAAGGAAACCCGUGUCAAGGAAAAGAACAGAGCCAAAACUGAACUAGCGCGGCAGCGAAUUGAACAGCUUAGAAAGCAGGGUCUCAUGAGGGCCCAGCAAAAGGCACAAACGGAUCCCGUGGCCUCCGACAAAGCAGAAUCAAGUGCUACGGCUACCGAGGCCUCAGCUAUGGGUUCUGGAAGCGCAGUGGUCAUUCAGCAUCCAUUACCGGAACGUCCCCCUGCGCCUGAAACCCAAGCCUCAGCCCGCAUUCCUGGCUUGUUCAUGAUGGAGGCCGGGCAGCUCCCGUCUCAAGAAUCCUUUGUCACACCUGUCCAGGGACUUGAGGUCGACUCAACUCCCCAACCAAGAGUUCAUCAACGCAAGCGUCCUCGUGCAUCGGAUUUCGAUGAACCUAUCCCAAUACCAAAGAGGUCAUUAAGUAACGGUGCAAACUACGCUGCUGCUGAGGAAAGGCUUGUCAUUGACAUCAGUGAUGACGAACUCUACGACGACGAUAACGACAGCAUGGACAUUGACAAUUCUCCGGAAAGCAAUUCCCAAGAUGCCGCAUCAUCACAUGCAGAGAACUCCGUCAGGCCCUUCAUCACGCCAUAUCCCCCUCAGAGAUCGAUGACAUCCUCUACCCCUUUGUAUUCUUCAUCUGCAACGCCACAUUAUUCAAGGAAUAAUGACCCGGAGGACCUUCGGAGGAGGGACUUGGAGAUCCAAGCAAUGCACCGUAGGAUUGCAGAGCUGGAGCAGAGGAAAAAGGCGAAACUGGCGGCUAGUCGUACUCAGUCACCUCGCGCGGCGGACUCGUCGGCAUCAACACCCGGCACCACGUCCAUGGAUGUGGAAAUUGCCGAUGCUCCUAGCCUUCCGCAGACGUCAAAUCCCAUUCCAUCGACCGCGUCUCCCAAUCAGUCAGCCCGUCUCUCUUCAUUGAAGCCCGAUGAGCUUCAGAAUAUGAAGGCCAAACUGCUGCGGAAAGAGGAAAUCGAAUCCGGGAUUCCCGCCCUAGAUGCCGAGAUACAGAAGUUUGAGUCAAAGUUAACCGAGCUCAAGGGCGAAGAAGGGCUUGUGCUACUCGAGAUCUCCAAAGGCAAGGAAGGACGGCAACAGCUCUUGCAGGAACUUAACGAUCUCAACCUCGAGCUCAACGGACUAACUCUGAAAGAGGUGGAAGAGGAAUUACAAAAGGUGAAGGUCGAUGGGCGGCCGCAAGUAACAGAAGAGGGUAUGUUUGGACGAAUCCCAUCGAUCAUCGGCUUGAGUGUUCGACUUACGAAUUUUCUACCAUUAGUUCCUGUCGGUCAACAGGAUAUGUUACGUGUGCAUGAAGGCCCAGAAAUCCAGGAAUCGGAACCCGAUACAAGCACACAAGCCACGCUCGAUGUCAAGCCACCAUCUACGAAUGCACCCGCUCCAACAGUAUCGCCUAGUGCUGAUAACGACGCGGAUGGAGAGGCCGAUUCAUCAAGCGAAGUGUCAACAACUUCCUCCGAAUCCGAAGGGUCGGCAAUGGAUGAGUCUAGCGAUAGCGACAGCAGCAGCAAUAGUGGAGACUCCGAUUCCAGUUCCGACUCGGAUGGUCCCGAAGAGGAACGUAUUCCGUCUCCAAGGCCGUCAGCACUUGAAGGCUUGCAUGAAAGCCAAGCGACUGCGCAGGCUCCAUUGGACGAACCGGCUACGGAACACCCCCUGCCGGAACGCCCUCCCUUUACGGAUAUCGUCAAUGAGGCCAAUGUGGUCUCGAAUAGUCAUGAACACGAUGUCGGAAAGACGCAAGAUCAAACGGCAGCAGAUGAGUCUUCAGAUUCGGAGGCCUACGAACCUCCUGAACCGGAAGCAACUGCAAGUUCGGCAGAUUCUGACUACACCCCGCCUUCCAAUCCUCCUUCUCCAGGUCCAGUGGAUGCCAUGGAUAUAUCCCAGUCUCCAACAGACCAGUCACAGAACGUUGUGCAAGAGGGUUUGCAGCAUAAGUUCUCGCCCUACGUCAGUCCUUUGAAGAACUUCAACGCCUACCGUUAUCAUCCGGAUUACACCAGCGAGGUUACAGAUGGCUACCGUUCAUUGACUUACAGCCAUAAUAUCGAUGCCAUGAAAUACCUCUGUCCGUAUGAAUCAGCCGGAGGGGUCUGCAAUGACAAAUCCUGCGAAUUUCAACACUUUCGUGACAUGACUCUUAGUGAUGACAAAAUCCUCGUUCAGAUGGGAUCCCUCCGGGAGGGGAGCACGCCGGAAGAAAAAGACCACUAUGUCGCUGGCCUGAAAGAGAUGGUCAACGAUCUACGACGCGACAAGGUGAAAGACUUUAACACCGUGGCCGCGGAGAUUGCCGCAUACCGUAGACGCUACCUGCAGGACCCCUCACGCAUCUUACCCUUGUAA